AUGAGUGGGAUUGCAACAAUAGGUGGUAGUGCAGCUUCAUUCCAACCAUUCGCUGCACUUUCACUUAGUUUAUUACCACCGCUCGAUUAUUCCACUUCAACUUUGCUAACGAAUUGUGCGCGUCAAGCUCAACAGUUAAGACGUCAUGACGAGUUUAGAUAUGAUGGUCCAAAUCGUGAAGGUGCUUUAUAUUGUCGAUCAGGAACAUGGUUGCAGAUUUUGGAUAAACGAACUGCUGAACAAGAAGCUAUUAGAGAUGAAACGAUUAAGCCUGAAUACAUUAAAGGAACUCGCAAAGAGAACAGUCGUUUUAGUGUAUUAGAAUUUAUUUCUGUUGCGUUUGGUCUCGUUAGUAUACGAGGAAAAGAAUCUCAACGAUAUUUAUGCAUGGAUCGAGAUGGACGAUUAUACGCAGCUGUCAAACAAAACUAUUCUACGGAAUGCGUUUUUAUGGAAGAAAUGUUGGAAAAUUAUUAUAAUCUCUAUUCAUCAUGUUCAUAUGGUAGUCGUAAAAAACCAUGGUAUGUAGCUUUAAGGAAAACCGGUCGACCAAGAAAAGGUAAAAAUUCAAGGAAACGAAGAAAAUCAUCUCAUUUUUUGGUUGUACAUUUUGAUGGUGCACGGCCAACAUCUGAAUAUAAUUUUAUGAGGGACAAUCUUGAUAGUUCUAUACAACUGUCAAAUCGUAAACUGAUGAGAAAUCAACGAUAUGAUUAUAACCACAAAUCAUAUACAAAUUAUGAUAAGCCACCUCCGCCAAAUAGUCUCAAUGAUAUUUUAUCGGGAACUUUACUGAAUCAUUUGUCAAAGGGAUCGGUAUUCAAAGAAACUAGGUCGUUAGAAAUUAAUCGACACAGCAAUUUUUUGCGAAAAACUUCUGCAAAGGAAGAUCGACGUACAGUGGUUGAACAACAUAAAAUAAAUCGAAAGAAACGUCGAAGGAAAACUCGCUUGGAACGAGAAGAAAGGAAGCGUCAGUUGAGAAAGCAUGAACUCGAACUUCAACGAGCCUUAGCUUAUGAAGAACAAAUGAGGCAACUGAAUAGCUAG